AGAGGUUCAACGCAUCACUGUUGACCUUCUCCUUCCCUCCCUCUUUUGUUGGCUUCGUAAGGGCCCAGGACAAAUCCAAUCUAACAAACGCUCCCUCCUCUUUCUCUCUCAUUUUUUUUUCAUGUUGGUGACAGUGGCCACGGACACCCGCAAACAUACCUGCCGCGGAAAGGAAGAACCGCUACAGAGAACCACUUUCAGAUACUUCAGCUGAAUGGGAGCACAAGAACAAAAUGAACCCAUUCACCGACAAAAUCGUGGCCUACCGCAUUCCCGAUGAAGGGGCUGAGGAGAGGUACGGGCUCUGUAUACGGCGCGAAAGUGACAUGCUUCGCGUGAUGGUGAUGCAGAGGGAAGAUAAUCGAGAGGUGCCGCUGCAGUCCGUGCUGAGGAAGCUGGCGGAUGAGGAUGCAAUAAUGAAGUCACUAGAGGAACGUUUGAACUCACUCCAAGCAAAACUAGCAAAAGAGGGUAACACUGGCGGACAAUCGUCGAAUUAUCGUCUCCAGGAGACGAUGUUGCAGUGGGCCACACGCCGUCUAGAAGGAGUCGACGCAGAGGAAUGGCGACGGCUUGCCCAGGAGCGUCAUCCGUCGGCGGUGGUGAAAGCCGUGGGCUGUGCCGCCGCCUCCAUUGCAACGGACGCUAAACUAGUGUCCUCUGCGUGGACAGACGCCCAGAGCCUGUUUAGCAAAGGCAGAGAGCUGACGGCGGAGCUGCGCUGCGCAGGAGAGCAUCGUAUGAGCAAAGCCCUCUACAACUCGCUGGUGGGAUACAUCUCCGACUCCUCGCUGUCGUACGCGCUGGUGGCCCAAGCGUCGCCGUCGCUGAGUAUGUUGCACAAGUGGAUCACCGCCUUAGUGGACUACCAGCGCGCGCGCUACAUGGAAGACGGCGAGGCAGAACAGCAGCAGCAACUCAUCAGGUAUGAAAACAGCCUGCGGGCGGCGAGGGGGCGUCGCGGCUCGCUGAUGGAGCAGGCGGAUCUGAUUAACGGAGGUAAUUGCUAUAUUCGAACCCAGGCAGUCCGCAGUGUGCCGAUGGAUUGUGUCCUGCACCCCAUGGCCGCUGAGAAGGUGACCACGCGACAGUACUUGUUAAAAGAGCCUGCACCGAUGGAGAUGCUGGACGAUGUAAUGCGCCGCCCCCUCACAAGCGUGCGAAGCGCACGCAGCAGCCGUCAGGAAGACAGCUUCCCUCGCAGGGACGUUCUCUCUGCACGCUCCGUGGACGCCCCGGGCUUGCGUGGCAAUCGCACCAACGCCGGCGUCAAGGUUCCCCCGAUAUCCAUUCCGAAGGUGGAGUCGGCGGGGGCCGGAAUGUGGUCGGGUGGCGGCGUUGUGCGGAGUCAGCGGUCGUUGGAGAAGGAGGGGAACGGCAACGGUGCAGUUUCCAAGGUGAACCCGCCACACGUCGGUACCCGUGCCGCGACAGAGGCGGCCGACCGUGGCGUAAACGGAGUGCAUCCCGACGGGGCAGCGUCGCCGUCGUCGUCACCCUCCUCUUCCUCCACGGCGCCGUCGCCACGUCCUCUGUCGAUGCGUGUGGAGGUGAAGCAGCUGGACGAGCCUGAUAGUAGUCAACGCCGCAUGUUGUCUGCCAGGCACGGGGGAACGGAACCGAUGCAGGUGCUGACCGACGUGAGAAACAACUUUAGAAGCGUACAAGCCGUCUUACUCGCCUGCUUGGAGGACUACCAAAAGCUCGAGGACAAGUACGCCAGUACCGUAGAGCACAGCAAGCAACUUCUGCAUACGCUUGAGAGCCGCGACCAUGUGAUCGCACACCUCCAGCAAGAGCUCACCGCGGUCACCGGCGUGCAAGCUGCAUCGAAAACAAUGCCAGUGCAGCCUCGCGACGGCUGCGGCAGCGAUGCUGUGAGGCACCGCAACUUGGACGAAUUAUUCAACAGUGGGUUGGCGACACCGCACGCGGUCAAUGCGGAAAGUUUUGGAGACGAGGAUUCAUUUGAGCGGCACUUUGAACAGCUGCUCUAUGACACGCUGGAGUUUCUCCAAGGAGCCGAGUCCACUCCUUCUACCUAUGAAGACGAGUCGAAUCGCGGUUAA